AUGACUGAAUUUCAGACUACUGCUGGGUCUAAACCAGGUCCCGCCUUACUUGCCUGUCUCCAGUGCCGUCACAAACACCUCAAAUGCGAUGGCAGGACUCCUGUCUGCAGUCGCUGUGAACAGUCCCGAUCCCCUUGUGAAUAUACUAAGUCUCGGAGAGGGUACAAGGGCCCGUCGAAAAAGCGUCGCGCUCACUCGCCAGAAUAUUUGCCCAUGGAUCCUCACGCGGUAGGCAUGCUCGAUGUCCCCGUGGAUUGGAGCUUGCAGGCUGGUUUCACUUAUUCGUCAGCCGUACCACUGCCAUCAUCCGCAUCGACUAGUCCCGGACUGCAAGGUUUCUCGACGCCAAUUGUUCCAUCUGCUCGCCCAAUGAGCGGCCCGUUGACCCCAGAUUCUUCCUCUGCUAUCGGCGGAGAUGGCUACCUGCUCGAUAUCUACUAUAACUAUUUCCACGCCGCUCACCCAAUCCUGCCACCCCACCGGCUGAUAUAUCGAACCUUGCUCCCCGCAUACUUGGAGCAGGUGAUGAAGUUCAUCGGUGCCCACUUCACCCCGGCUGCCUCAAGUGACACGUACCGGCCUACAGUUGUUGCAAUGGUCCUAGAACAGAAUUUAUCGGUGGAAAAGGUGCAAGCGCUGCUUCUGCUGGCGAUUGUCCUUCAUUCAGACAAUGAGCGUGGUGAGGCCGGAGUUUGUCUAGCCGCUGCAGUAGAUUCAGCCUUUGAGCUUGGCAUGCAUCAAGGGACGUUUGCAAUCCUUAUGAGCAAUGGCGAUCCAAUUCGCGCAGAGUCUCUGCGGCGCACCUGGUGGGAGCUUUUCGUAAUCGAGGGACUCAUGACCGCCCUUGGUGUGCAGCGCGAGUACCGAUGCAAUGCAGUGCCGCUCGAGGUCCCACUUCCAUGUGAGGAGCGGAUUUAUCAGGAUGCCUUACCACCGCCACAACCCCCAACCAUUGCACAAUUCGACGGGCGUGUGUUUGCAGACGAAGAGCGUGACUUCUCCUCAUACUGCUAUCGUAUUGAAGCCAUACGCAUUCUCGGUCGUGUGGUAGCAAUGCAGGAUAUGACCGAAGGACAGCAGGAUCAGGUGGAAGCCCUUGAUGCGCGAAUUGGUAGUUGGGGCCACCACUUGCCAGAAUCCAAGGAAGAGCUCUUGCGUCCCGACGGGAGUGUGGAUGAGAUCAUGUUCCAGGCGACCAUGAUGCUGAACGGCGCAGCCAUUUACCUUAACUUCCCGCGGUCCGAUCUUCUUUCAUCUCCGGCCGUUGCCGCAGAAGUCAUCUGUGGCCACCAUGGUCCGAUCAGUGUACCUGCAUUCUCCCACAACGAGCAUGCUAUGAAGGCUGCCAAAGCCGCCCGAGAGCUGUCUCGCCUGGCUGCCUUCCGUCUGCCCGUUAUCAAGCAUACCCCAUUUUUCAUCUGUGCGCUCACUCUGAGCUCCAUUGUCCAACUGGCCACCUGCUCGGUCAAAGCCGGUCAAAUGCCAGACCCUAGCCGCGACCGUUUGGCGUUGACGAUCGGCGUCUUCAAGUCGUUGGCUCGCACCUGGGCCAUUUCCCAGUCAAUCAUGCGGCAGAUCAAAGCAGUUGCACGGGAUGUGAUGGACCUGGGACUGCGUCCGACGAUGGACUCGCUGGAUCUAACUACGGUGUUAGAUAACAGUCAGUUCUGGGUGGAUCAGAGCCCAAGCUGA